GAAGUAAUCCUUUGCCAUAAGUCCACUUCCGCUCCUUUGCCAAUUCCUUUUCCUGUCUGCGGCCUCUGACAAGAUGGCGGUGCAAAUCUCGAAGAAGAGAAAGUUUGUGUCAGAUGGCAUCUUCAAAGCUGAACUGAAUGAGUUCCUGACCCGAGAGCUCGCCGAGGAUGGUUACUCCGGUGUGGAGGUCCGUGUCACGCCAACAAGAACAGAAAUCAUCAUUCUAGCCACCAGGACCCAGAAUGUCCUGGGAGAGAAAGGCCGCCGCAUUCGUGAACUGACUGCUGUCGUUCAGAAACGAUUUGGGUUCCCCGAGGGCAGUGUGGAGCUAUACGCUGAGAAGGUCGCCACCCGGGGUCUCUGCGCCAUCGCUCAGGCAGAGUCUCUGCGCUACAAGCUGCUCGGAGGUCUGGCUGUCCGUAGGGCCUGUUACGGAGUGCUGCGCUUCAUCAUGGAGAGUGGGGCCAAGGGUUGUGAGGUGGUCGUCUCUGGGAAACUGAGAGGUCAGAGAGCCAAAUCCAUGAAGUUUGUGGAUGGCUUGAUGAUCCACAGUGGAGACCCCGUUAACUACUACGUUGACACUGCCGUCCGCCACGUCCUGCUCAGACAGGGUGUGCUUGGAAUCAAGGUGAAAAUCAUGCUUCCUUGGGAUCCCAGUGGCAAGAUCGGCCCCAAGAAGCCCCUGCCUGACCACGUCAGUAUCGUGGAGCCCAAAGAUGAGGUCCUCCCCACCACCCCAGUGUCCGAACAGAAGGGGGCGGGGGCCAAGGCCGAGGCCCCAGUCAUGCCACCAGGAACCCCAGUGCCGACUGCAUAAAGGGGUUGACUGAUCAUUGAUGGAAGGCCUACACUUUUCUGUAAAAUAAAAUGAAAUAAAUGGGGAAA